AUGACUUCUUGUCGUUCUUGGCGCUGCGUCACGUUCGACGCGACGGGAACGCUGUUCCGUCUUACAGAGCCAAUGGCAGAGACUUAUCUGCAGUUUUGGAAGACUGCGUCAGGUCAGUCGUUCUCUUCUGGUCGCCACGAAGCUGCAGUCGCUGCUCUCAGUUCGCACUUCCCCGUUGAGUUCCGCCGACUUGCUCGUGAUCUCCCCAACUUCGGAUCGGACUGUGAAGCUACAAGUGCGUUUCCAUGGUGGCGACAACUCGUGCUCAACGUGAUGGAAAGCGCUCAAGUGGCUGAUUGUCUCGCCCAUAACGAGGAGCAAGCAGAGCGCUUUACGCGCGAACUGUACGCUCAUUUUAGCCGUCCCGAAGCAUGGACAGUGUUUGACGAUGUGCGACCAACACUGGAGACGCUCAAAUCCUUGAAGGUUCCUAUGGCCGUCACUUCGAACUUUGACGAGCGAUUGGAGCCCCUUAUGGAGCGACUACAGCUCCGAGAUUACUUCCAGGUGAUCACCGCGUCAAUCACGCAGCCAGAAAUGAAGCCACAUGCAUCUAUUUUCCGGUCGACAUUUAAGAAGCUGCAGAGAGAAGAGGGACCGACUGUUGCAAGCUCAUUUUUGCAUGUAGGCGACCACCCGUCAAAGGAUUUCAGGGCUGCGAAAGGUAUUGGGGCUAAUGCUAAACUGCUGUGGAGGGCAAAGCAUCGACCGCCACCCAUCGACAUCGAUAGAAACGAAUGCAUUAUGACGUUGCAUGAAUUGGUUUCGGAUGAGUAUGAAGGGGAUUGUAAUUUUGAUGAUCCACUAAAGGAAAGGAUGCUCUAA